GUUGCAGUCAGAAGAAUGUCUUUGAAAUCAGAUACCACCGCUUUGGACGAAACCCAAAGGGAUGAAACCGCCACCGCCACCGCUUUGGACGAACCGAAAUGGGAUUGGUCGAAACCCAAAGGGAUGAAACCGCGACCGCCACCGCUACCGACUUGGAUGAUACCGAAAGGACCAUCGAUGCCGAUAUUGGAAGAAGACCGUGACCUCAUUAUUCGUGAGUGUUACAAAGGUGUAGAGGACUAUAUCUACCAAAGUCCUUACGAUCCUACCCCCCUUGAAUUAGUACCAAAAUUUUUCGGCGGUAGCCCUACCGUUCUCCUCGACAUAACCGACGAUCAAUAUCGCUCUAUUGUCAACAAACUCUCCCGGCUUGCAUUGGAGUAUUACAAUAAGCUUAUGCGUACAAGUUUUGAGUUUCAUGACCUUGUCAAGUGUACCUAUUGGUCUGAUAAUCGUCGUCAGGCUAUUUUCAAUGAUCAUUAUCGUCGCGAUCCUUCCAGGUAUUGCAUUACCUUUCAAGCAAAAGAAGCAGCAAAAGGAGAUACUUCUUCUAGUAGCAGCAGCAGCCCUGCUAUAACAAUUUUCCGGGCCAAAGUAUUGGUAGAUAGAGAUGAUAAAGAUAAACCACCUGUUGUUGGAGAGUGUUUCAUACACUCCCCCGUGUGAAUCAUGUCCAUUAAAGGUUUUUAUUUGUU